CGAUAUAGCCGCUCCUCCACCUUUUAAGCAUCUGGAAGCACACAAAUACUGCGAAGAUCUAAUAUCUUUCAUUUCAGACACUUCGGGUCCUAUCACUAACGACUCUGAGCCUUAUUGAACCCGUUUUCUGUUACCAAUCAUGACUGCAAUUCGAGUUGCCGCAUGUCAUGUUUCUCCCAUCUUCCUCUCCGCGAAGGAUACAACCUCGAAAGCAAUCAACCUGAUCAGACAGGCUGCGCGGAAUAAAGCCAAUCUAGUAGUGUUCCCGGAAACAUACAUUUCGGCAUUUCCGAUAUGGAGUUCAAUACGGCCUCCGACUGAGAACCACGAUCUUUUCAGGCAAAUGGCGCAUGAGUCAAUCUUUGCUGAUGGCGAUGAAAUCCACGCCAUUCGCAACACUGCAAAACAGGCAAAUAUCAUGGUCAGCGUAGGCUUUUCUGAAAAAGUUCGCUUUAGCAGCGCGACUUUAUACAACUCCAACAUCUUCAUUGGAACUUCGGGAGAGGUUCUGAUUCAUCAUCGAAAAUUAAUGCCUACGUUUUUUGAGAAGCUUACUUGGGCUCCUGGAGAUGGAUACGGGCUGCGCGUUGCAGGCACGCCGUUUGGCAAGAUUGGGAAUUUGAUUUGCGGAGAGAAUACCAAUCCUUUGGCUCGCUAUAGUCUUAUGGCUCAAGGGGAGAACAUUCAUAUCUCGACCUGGCCGCCCAUAUGGCCAACUCGGGUUCCUACAACAGACGACUCUUCAGAACCUUCUAAAGAUACAUCGAAUAAGCCGAAUUAUGAUAAUGUGACGGCAAACAGAACCAGAGCAGCUGCUCAUUGCUUCGAAGCGAAGUGUUUCGGCGUUCUUUGUUCAGGUGUCCUGGGAGAUGAUGCUAUUCAAACUAUUGCUGGAGGAUCGUCUCACUUGACUCAGGUGUUAAAGCAGUCACAGCGUGGAGCGACGCAGUUUCUUGAUCCGACUGGAGCACCUUUGAAGGGAUUCACUAUCGACAGUGAGACUGGAGAGGCUGUAGCCAAUGACUUCCUGCAGCAUGAUGAAGGCAUCCUUUAUGCUGAUCUUGAUACUGAGGAUUGCAUCGAAGGGAAACAGUAUCAUGAUGUUGUCGGUGGAUAUCAGCGCUUGGAUAUUUUCGAUCUCAAAGUGAACCGCGCCCGUAGAGAGCCGGUUUCUUUCACUGAAGAUGUUGGAAAUGUCCCCUCUCAAGAUUGGAAGCCUCUUGACUGAGAAGCCCAUGGUCACUCAAUGCAAUGUAAUUGAAGCUAUUUACCUUAUCUCAAUUUAACAUCAAGAGAUCAUAUAACUGUCACUACCUGAAAGAUCAAGGA